AUGGCUUCCUCGCCCACAAUCGCCGUGAUCGGCUCCCUGAACGUCGACCUCGUCAGCCGUGUCCCACGCCUCCCCGCCGCUGGAGAGACUCUGACAGCCUCGUCCUUCGACAUCGGCUCCGGCGGGAAAGGCGCGAACCAGGCCGUUGCGUGUGCAAGGCUAUCUCAGCGCCGGCAGGAGGAUGGUCGGCCUCCGCGGAAGGUUGCUGGAAUGCAAGUGCGGAUGAUCGGGGCGGUGGGGCAGGAUCAGUUUGCGGGCGAUCUGCUAAAGGGACUGGAAAGAGAUGGGGUUGAUGUUGGAAGCGUGAGGAGGCUGGCAGGCCAGAAGACGGGCGUGUCAGUUAUUAUCGUUGAGGAGAAGAGUGGCGAGAACAGAAUCAUGUUCUCGCCAAAUGCAAACUAUUCGUUUUCAGGGAAGGACAACCUCGUGCCGGAUGAUGCGUCGGUGGUCGUGUUUCAGCUAGAGUUUCCGAUCGAGGCUGUCCUCCACAACAUCAAAGUGGCCAAAGCGAAGGGUAAACAGGUAAUACUCAACCCUGCGCCCGCCGUCCCCCUCCCCGACGAAGCCUACCGCAACCUCGACCAUCUGAUCAUGAACGAGACCGAAGCCGCCAUCCUCUCAGGCCGAGACUCAGCAUCCGUGGACGCCAAUACAGACUGGACGGCCGUGGCAUCCGAUUUUCUCGACCGCGGCGUCAGGAACGUGGUCAUCACGCUCGGGGCUCAGGGCGUCUUCUACCAAACCGCCGCCCGCCGCACCAGCAAUCUUCCUGGCAAACGCGCCGCGGCUCGCAAGGUUGAGAGUGUGGUCGACACAACUGCCGCGGGCGACACGUUCGUCGGCGCGUACGCGGUGCAGGUUGCGAAUCCCGCGAAGCGGUCAUAUUCCUUCAGGGGGUUUGACAUCGACGAUGCAAUUGGGUUUGCGGUUGGGGCGGCUGCGGUUACGGUGCAGAGAACGGGGGCGCAGAGCUCGAUUCCUUGGCUUGAUGAGUUAUGA